CGAACACAACCGGCGCGGUGUUCCCGUGUGGGUCACACGAUGCACUCUUAGCUCAGCUUAUUUGCUUGCUUUGAGAGGAUUUGUUUGGGUAGCUUUGUGUUUUUCGGUGGCUUCAGUGAUUUUGUUUCUCUGGCCCUAACUUUCGCCGCGAGGAAUGUUAAGUGCAAUGGAGCUGUGCUCUUUAUUACUAGUAGUUCAGCUGAUAUCCAGCGUCCAUGCAGAACUCCUCACUCAGCAAGUAGUUGUGAUAUCACGUCAUGGAAGUCGUACACUUCUCGCCAAAGAUCACAGCACCUUUGAGGAAGGAAGUGACAGUCAGCUGACCGUAAGAGGGAUGGAUCAAAUGUUCCAAGCUGGAGAAUUUGUUAGAAAACAUUACCAAAAACCUGGCUUCUUGUCUGAUGUGUAUUCUCCCCAAGAUGUUUAUGUGAGGUCCAGUGACUAUUCUAGAACACUUAACAGUGCAUUUAGCUUUCUUCUUGGACUUUAUCCACCAAGAAACCAAUCUCUCAAUGUGACCUACGCUAGACAAGUUUUCUAUGCACCAUACAACAUACAGCAGGUUCCAGUACACACAGUUGCAGCAGAAAAUGAUCAAGUUCUUAGAGCAUGGCUGGCUUGCCCUGAGCUUCAGAAGAGACUUAAACAUUUUUACACAAGCUCUGAAUUUGAGAAAAAAGAACGCGAGAGCGCUGAACUACGAAAACAGCUUGAAAACUCCCUGGGUGUUAAGAAGAUUGACCUUAAGGACUUCUACAAUGUGUAUGAUUAUAUUCAUCUUCAUCAACUUUAUAACCAUACCUAUCUGAAUAUUUCUGCCGAGCAAUGGGAAAAAGUUGUGUAUUUGGCGGACUGGGUUGAGUACCAUAAAUACAGCAAAGGGAUGAUUGGUGAUAUAGGAGGAGGGUUGCUAGCAAAUGAGAUUGCAGCAAGCUUCAGUGACUUUGUAACUAAGAAGACCAAGACGAAGCUGCUGUAUUACUCUGCACAUUAUCCAACGAUGCUCUCUCUGUUUUCUUCGCUUGGUUUAAAUAAAGCGGCUAACAGCACCUUGAGAGGAAUUCCAUCCUAUGCUUCCUUGAUAUUCAUUGAGCUGCUACAUAAUACUGCAGCUGACAAGUACAUCGUUCAGUUUUUUUUCAAGAAUGGUUUAAAGGAACCAUUGGAAAAAUACAGUAUUCCCGAAUGUAAGGACGCAUGCGAACUGAACAAGUUUGUAAAACUUGUUAAAUCUUUCCAAGUUCGGGACGUUCCCUCGUGGUGUCACGCAUGUGACAACACCCAACUGUCACGCUGUCAGGUGGCGCAACAGCAGUUCGAUUGUCCCACUGUGAAAACUGAAGAACCUCGUCUAUCGGGAACUGGUGGUUUUUUCCUCGGCGCUUUUGUCACGCUGCUCAUAGUCAUAUGUGUCACAGCCUUGUGGAAUUUUUACCUGCGCAACCGUUGUCUACCUGGUGGAACAUACUGGCGCCCAAGGAAAGGCCUUUCUGAUCUAGAAAAUGCUCCCUCGCCGGGUGUGAUUUGAGGCAUGGGAUAACAUUCGCUCUUCGGGAUAUCACCCAACGCUGCCCCAAUAGGAGAUUUCUUUCAGGGGAAGAGGUGGGGAAGGACGUUGUGUGACAUCCAUAUGAAGACUGCUAAAAGACACCAACUUCGUCCCCAGGGUUUCUCGGUCAGAUUUUUCCAAGAUGGUGGCCGGUCCAAAGAAGCUCUCUCGGUCCGCCGCCAUCUUGAAAACUGGCCAAAAAAGCCUCGAGAACGAGAUUGAAGAAACAUAAGAUUGUUUUAUUUUAAGGGUACUGACCGCGAGAUAAGUAGAGAUAUGAACAUAGUACUCGCUAGAUCACUAAUAUCUUAUAUUCAAAGGAAGACACUUAACUCUGUCAGCGCUUCUCUCCUCUCAUAAGUAUAGAUGGAAAAAUCGUAUGGUUGCUUGUCUAGGAAGCCUUAAGCAAACAUAUACAAAAGAUUUUCACGCAUUUAAUGUUAAAAAAAUGCUGCUUUUUUGAAGGCGGUUACAUUUUUGCGGGGCAUUGCGAUUUCAUGUACUUAUCCCCGGCACAUCUUUUAACUUAUAAAACUGAGAUUUUUUACAUCAUUAAAAAAAGAAUGUAAUACAUUAUUACCCUAUUUUGCGU